AUGGGACGUUUAUUGGCCAGAUUUCUAGAUUUACAGUGGCAUGAUUCAAUAGAUGCAAACAGACUGAGAUACAGACAGACAGGCAAGCAAGCAGGAGAACACAAAUGUUUCAUACAGAUGGUCAAAAACAAUGCAGCAAUUUUCCAAGCAGGAAGCGUGAAUAUAAUGCAGAGAGCACAACACAACACGACACAACUUAAAACAACACAACAUAACCCACAGUCCUCCAUUGCACAGAAUCAUGCAGCACAACAAAGCAACACCGACACAGCAGGUAUUUUAUAUAGACCAGAUCCAGAUCCGGAUAUUCACACAACCAUAUAUAUCAUGGCAGGCGGUUUAGAGAAAGAAUCACCUUUUAUAAUUUAA